AUGUCAGGACUCGCUCCGGCAGAUUUCAUUGCGAACGUGAAUUCUUUUAUUCGGAAUCUAUCAAGAAAGAAGGCGCUUCAUGCAGAUGAUAUUUCGAAUACCAGAUUAUCUCGUUGUUUGUCUGUAGUUGACCUUACAGCACUGGGUAUUGGGUGCACUCUUGGCGCAGGAGUGUACGUUGUUGUUGGUGAAGUUGCCAGAUUUUUCGCAGGUCCCGCUGUGAUACUGUCAUUCUUAAUUGCGGCUGUGUCCUCCGUUUUAUCAGGUUUAUGUUAUGCGGAAUUCGGGGCCCGCGUUCCAAAAACUGGUUCGGCUUACAUAUACAGCUACGUGGCCGUGGGUGAACUGAUGGCGUUUAUUACCGGGUGGACCUUAAUUUUGCAGUACAUAAUUGGAACCUCCAGUGUGGCACGAGCAUGGAGUUCUAACGUUGAUGGCUUGACUGGUGGACGCAUAUCGGAGGCUUUUUCGCGUUACAUGCCAAUGAAUAUGACGGGUCUGGCAGAAUAUGCGGAUCCAUUUGCAUUUUUAAUAACACUGGCCGUAACAGUGCUACUGAGUUGUGGAGCUCAAGAAUCUUCAAUGGUGAACAAUAUAUUCACCCUUAUAAAUUUGGGUGUUAUAUGUUACGUGUUCAUUACGGGGUUGUUCAAGGCCAAUAUUGCCAAUUGGGAGAUAGACCCGGAUAAAGUACCUGUGACCGAUCCAAACAAAGACCAUGUUGGCAAAGGAGGGUUUUUGCCUUUCGGACUGUCUGGGGUCAUAUCCGGGGCCGGAACGUGUUUUUACUGUUUCGUCGGUUUCGAUAUCAUCGCUACUGCGGGUGAAGAGGCAAGGAACCCACAGCGAGCGAUUCCAGUCGCGAUCCUGGUCUGUCUGUUGGUGUGUUUUAUUGCCUAUGCUGCAGUGUCAGCCGUAAUCACCCUAAUGGUGCCCUACUACUCAAUACCUCAAAUUGCACCUCUUCCGAACGUCUUUGAUCAGGUGGGCUGGGAUGUCGCAAAGUAUGUGAUCGUUGUUGGAGCCGUAUGUGCGUUGACAACAAGUCUCCUGGGCGGGCUGUUUCCUCUUCCACGAAUUGUCUACGCAAUGGCAUCGGACGGACUAUUAUUUCGAUUUCUCGGUCGGGUCAGUCGGAGAUUCAGAACCCCAUUAGUUUCUACGAUGUUGUUUGGUCUGCUAGCAGGCGUGAUAGCGGCUGUCUUUAGUCUUAAGGAUCUUGUGGACAUGAUGUCGAUCGGCACCUUAUUCGCCUAUUCUCUGGUUGCCUUGUCUGUGCUCAUCUUACGAGGUCAGCAAGAGACGAUAGUCUCGCCUAGCACACUGAGUGUAGAAACCAAUGACACCGCACAUCUGAGGUAUUCAGAUGAAUUAAAUCAAGAAUAUCAAGAGAUCAAUCGACAUGGUGACACGGAAGCAAACAAUGAAAUUUCACAAACGAAUUCGACUAACUGGACCCCUGGAGUUCCCGUCCCACCUGAGUCGUUCACGGAAUACAUAAAGUUAUGUUUCCUGCCCGAAUGCGGACGCGUAGAGCCGACGCCAACAUCGGAAUGGAUCACUCUGACCAACUCUUACUUAUUGCUAAUUGUCAUCAUAUUCUUGAACGCUGGCUUGAUUUAUUUCGGCGGUGAUAUUGGUCGAGCCAGUAUUGUCUACUUUGUGUUCGCCUGGAUCAGCAUAGUCAUCUUCGGUUGUUGCUCGAUACUUCUGUGUAUCAGUCUAGCACGACAACCCGCCAAUCGAGCAAAGGUGUCCUUCAAAGUGCCUGGUGUACCAUGGAUACCGGCUCUGAGCAUGUUCAUCAACUUGCAUCUGAUGUUUCAAAUGUCUGGAACAACCUGGGUGUUUUACGCUGCUUGGAUGCUUGUUGGUGUUUUUAUCUAUUUUGCCUAUGGAUACUGGCACAGUAAUGAAAGAGGGCAUCCACAAAGGAAUACCCCUUUCGAAACCGUUUCGCAACCUUCUACUGUGAUUCGUUGAAGACUACUCACGCCGUGCAGUCGGUAUCCACCAUUCCGUCCCUCUCUAUUACAACCCAAUCUGUGAUGUCCACAGAUUCGAUUAUUGAGCUCUCCCAGUCUGAUCACUUGAUCCGACAACAAACAGCUCUGAAGCCCAUCCGGGGUAAUUUAUUUUUGUAGAGAUCCAAGAAGUACAUUUUAAAGCAUGAACGGUUUUAUUUGGAGUGAUUUUAUACCAAAAAUGAACAGAAUCAUAUCAUGUGGCACUUUUGAAUGAAC